GAAGGAGCAGCUUCUUCUGGGUUUGACCUGAACUAAAUGACAGUUUUGACCUUCCUCCAAACCACAGGACAGUGGACAAAUUGCCAGCUUACUAACAUGUAAAACAUUGUUCUGUACACCUGAGAUGCCUGCUGGGAUGCAAUUUGCUUCUAGCCACCACCUGCACCCCACCCUCCUCAUCCAAAACUACUGCCCACACCUAAAUUCUCAUUCCUUGGGUAUAUCUAGCAGGUGUCUCUUGAUUUUUUGCAGCUGAUCAGCUUUUCCUGCUCUCUUUAAAGGGCUGCAGUGAGCUGGUAGUAGUAGCAUGGUCACCCUGAGGGGGUGGGGGUGUUUAUGGGCUAAAUGAACUGCUACAGGAAACAAAGCUAUUCUCCUCUGAGUUUUAGGAAAGAGCCUUGGGCUUCUGGUCUGCCGGAGCAGCCAGUAGCAGGGCAGACUAGCGCAAGGAUGGGAAGUGUGGGGAAUGAGGGGUCUCUGUGCUUGCCUGCUGUGGACUGCUUCCCAUGCUUCAGGACACAGCCUCUGCCGGUAGAUGUGCUCCCAGAACUCAUCAAGCACGGCCGUGAGAGGAUAGGACAAACCAUCAAGGCCUCCGGCUCCAGGCUCUGCUCAUAUGCUGAACGAGUUGCUUUUUUAAUGGAUCGUUCCCGGAGCCCGGACAAAAGCACCCAGCCUCCAACACCAACUGACAACAUCAACCUUGGACCUUCUGCUAACCCAAAUGCCAAGCCAACAGACUUUGACUUCCUGAAGGUUAUUGGCAAAGGAAGCUUUGGAAAAGUUCUCCUGGCCAAACGCAAGUGUGAUGGGACUUUUUAUGCAGUGAAAGUCUUGCAUAAGAAAACCAUCCUAAAGAAAAAGGAGCAAAACCACAUCAUGGCAGAACGCAACGUGCUCCUGAAAAAUGUCAAGCACCCCUUCCUUGUGGGACUCCAUUACUCCUUCCAGACCUCAGAGAAGCUUUACUUUGUGCUUGACUAUGUAAAUGGAGGAGAGCUGUUCUUCCACUUGCAAAGGGAGCGCUGUUUCCGUGAACCCCGGGCCCGAUUCUAUGCUGCAGAAGUUGCGAGUGCAAUUGGGUACCUGCAUUCCUUAAACAUCAUUUACAGGGACUUAAAACCUGAGAACAUUCUCCUGGAUUGCCAGGGACACAUAGUAUUGACAGACUUUGGACUCUGCAAAGAAGGAAUGGAGCAAGAGGAGACAACUUCUACUUUUUGCGGCACUCCUGAGUACUUGGCUCCUGAGGUGCUAAAGAAGCAGCCGUAUGACAGGACAGUAGACUGGUGGUGCCUAGGAGCUGUCCUCUAUGAGAUGCUGUUUGGACUGCCUCCUUUUUACAGCCGGGAUGUGUCUCAGAUGUAUGACAACAUUCUGCACAAGCCACUCCAGAUCCAAGGAAGCAAGACUGUGGCAGCUUGUGACAUCCUCCAGGGACUUCUCCACAAGGACCAGAAGAGGAGGCUGGGUGCCAAGACAGACUUUCUUGAGAUAAAGAACCAUGUAUUCUUCAGCCCAAUAAACUGGGAUGACUUGUACCACAAGAGGAUUACUCCUCCAUUCAACCCCAAUGUGGCUGGUCCAGCUGAUCUGCGACAUUUUGAUCCAGAGUUCACCCAAGAAGCGAUCUCCACCUCCAUCACUCACACACCUGACCUAGCAGCCAGCAGCUCCAGUGCCUCGGAUGCAUUUUUAGGAUUUUCUUAUGCACCAACUGAAGAGGGCAUCUAGGUUUUAUAAAGGCUUUGAGAAGCCAGAUUUUAACUGAUUGGGUUUUAUGUUUGGUGGUUUUUUGUUUUGUUUUUUUUUGUUUGUUUUUUAGUUGGGUGAUUGUGUGUGUGUUUGGUUGUUUUUUUGUUUUUUUUUUUUUUUUUUAUAAAGGAUUGGUACUGUCCUUUGCUCAUGGUUUAAGGAAAUUGGGACUAAUAUACUAACUGCCUGGGAUGGAACAGAGCUCUUAACUUUUGCUGUUUGGUGGAUUUCCCUCUAAAUGACUGUUCCCCUGGCAGGGAAAGUGGGAUACUGAUUAUUAUGAUCCCCCCCUCCGAGUGUCUUGUGCUACUUGACAGAAUUGUAUUCACGCUGUGGUUGUAUUUAUGGUUGAGGUAUGUACCACCAUUCACAUGAACAGCCAUGUCCCUGUAAUGGGCCACUCUUUUUCUUUUCUCUUUUUUUUUCUUUUUUUGUGGCACUAACUCUGCCCAGCUCUGAACAACUGCUUUGCCCCCCCAAUAGAGAGGGAAACUCUUCACACUACCAAGAGCAGUGGCUUCCUCCUUUUAAGUGGACUGUGCCACUUAAGCCAUUUGUCCUGGACCGAGCUGGGCAGAGGAACUGUUCAUCAGUUAUUGUUCCACAGGCGGCUGCAGGUCUGUAAAUCCUGAACUGCGCUGUGGCCUUUCAUGCCAGGUAUUCCCUCCCCAAGGUGAGUGGAUCGUGUAUCUCUCUGGUCCAGGAUUGGGAUGCUGCUGAAGCAAUAAGGAGGCUGUUAUGGAGGAGCCAGUGUGUGGGAGGAAAAUCCCAGAUAAAAAUGGGUGGGGAAGAGGCUGAGUUGCCUGGAAAAAUAAAAAUAACCUUAUGGCCAAACCCUGAGCAGGGUGGGGUGGGGGGUGUCUAUUCACAGCAUGUGCUUGACUUGCUUGAGGCACACCAACACUACUGCAACAAGCACGAUCCGGAGCGCCAUGGGGCACAGGAGGGCACGCAGCGAGGGGAGCCCGAGCCCAGCUCCGCACCCUGCGCUGGGGUGGCCAGCAGUGCUGAGCCCCCCCACGCAGGACGGGGAGGGCAGCAGCGGUCCUCCAGGCUCCAGCGCCCGACUGAAAAUGCCUGUCACUGGUGUAGAACAGUUCUUUAUUCUGCCUUAAUUUAAAGGCUGAUGUACUCAUUGAAUGUCACUUCCCACUUUCUUUUUUUUAAAGUAGUUUUGUUCUUUUGCUGUGGAGAGGAGAAAGGGGGCUAAGACCUUCUAACUGCAACACAGGGAUAAACAAGGGCCUCUCAAAGUUGUGUGAUGCUCACACUGUUGCAAAGCUUGUGCUGGAACAAUUUUUUUUUAUUAUCAGACUUUAUCUUGUACAUGCUGAAGUUGUCAGAAAUAUGACAUGGUUUAUAUUAAAGUGCAUAUAUUGA